AUGUGUGAUCGCAGUCUCUACAGAUCUGGCUACGUUGGUUCUCUCUUGAACUUGCAAUCUCCAGAUUCCUUUUAUUUUCCCAAUUUGCGGGCUAAUGGCAGUCAGUUGGCGGCUCUGCCCACCAUUUCCUACCCCCGGAGCUCGAUCCCGUGGACGUGCCCCAGUCCGUGCGCAGCCCAGCCGCAGGGCCACGCGUUCGGCGGCGCGGCGCAGCCGUACCUCCCCGGCUCCGUUCCAAUCAGCAUCAGCUCCAACAGCAACAAAGAGUGCCUGGAAGAAAAUAAAUAUUACGCCCACGAUGCGAGCUCCAAACAAGAGGAAAGAUGCAGGCAGAGGCAAUCUUUCGCAAAUGACCCAACUAUUACUCACGCAGCCAACUUAAAGCCCGCAAAGUAUGACCACUCGAGCCUGCCGAGAAGCUUGCACGGCUCGGCCGCUCUUUUUGAAGUGAAUUCCUGCACUUCCAGCCUAAAGGAGGACAUCAAGAAUUCGGUCAACUUGAACCUGACAGUUCAGCCCGCAGCAGUCCAGUCAUGCCUCAGACCUUCAGUGCAGGAUGGUUUGCCUUGGUGCCCCACCCAGGGGAGAUCGAGAAAGAAACGGAAACCUUACACGAAACAACAAAUUGCCGAAUUGGAAAACGAGUUUCUCCUCAAUGAGUUUAUUAACCGACAGAAGAGGAAAGAACUAUCAAACAGACUGAAUUUAAGCGAUCAGCAAGUUAAAAUUUGGUUUCAGAACCGACGAAUGAAAAAGAAAAGAGUGGUAAUGCGCGAGCAGGCGCUUUCUAUGUACUAG